CCCUCCCCCCAACGCUCUACAUAUAAAUAUAUCUCAAUAAUAACGUAGCGUACCAAACUCUAUUCACCCAUCCCACUUUUCAUCAUGGGCGAUCCCUCUUCCAAUUGCUUCAAUUUCUGGUUCAACCCUACCACUGCACGCCACUUCUCUUCUUCCGCAUCUUCUAACCCAUCUUUUCAUUUCCCUUAUGGCUUCAACUUGUAUUCUGAUGGCAUCAAUUACUAUCCUUCCUCUCCUCCACAGAGAGAAGCCCUUCCACUCCUCAGCUUGUGCCCAACAAGACCUGAUCUUGAAGAGCAAGACUCAUCAUACUGCACUGCUGCCAUGGAAGUGGACAAGAACAGCUGUGCAGAUGAUGAAACUAAUAUGGUGUCUCUAAAUCUAGGGCUCCCUAGCCCAAGUCCUUCUGAUGCUGAUCUGAUCUCAAGGCUGUCAGAGAAGCAAGAAGUUACUGUUGCUUCUGCUUCAGGUUCUCCAGCAAGCCCACUGAACAAGGGCCAAUAUUGGAUCCCAACCCCAGCUCAAAUUCUGAUUGGUCCUACACAGUUCUCCUGCCCUCUUUGCUUCAAGACCUUCAACAGAUACAACAACAUGCAGAUGCAUAUGUGGGGACAUGGAUCUCAGUAUAGGAGAGGGCCAGAGUCUCUAAGAGGAACACAGCCAACGGCCAUGCUUAAGCUGCCAUGCUAUUGCUGCGCACCAGGGUGCAAGAACAACAUCGACCAUCCUAGGGCGAAGCCCCUCAAGGAUUUCAGAACCCUUCAGACCCAUUAUAAGAGAAAGCAUGGAAUCAAGCCAUUCGCAUGCCGCAAGUGUGGAAAGGCCUUUGCAGUGAGAGGGGAUUGGAGAACCCACGAGAAGAACUGUGGGAAGCUCUGGUAUUGCACCUGUGGCUCCGAUUUCAAGCACAAGAGAUCUCUCAAGGACCAUAUCAAAGCCUUUGGCCAUGGCCAUGCAGCUUAUGGGAUUGACUGCUUUGAUGAAGAGGAUGAGCCUGCAUCCGAGAUUGAGCAAGAUAAUGAAUCUUUGCUGUGAUAUAUAUAUAUAUAUAUAUAUUAGGGCUAGGCUGGGGGUUACUGUUUCAGUGCUAUAUAUCUGAAUAUAGGAUAGGAUAUCUAGCAUUGCAAUUAAUUACUCAGACAAGUCUCUUUUUGCUUUAUGAUCUACCUUGUUUUUCCACUUCAAUUCCUCUUCAGGAUUGUAGAUGUCAAGUGGCAACCCAAUCUCAGACCACCAUGUUUCUGCAAAUCCAGUUUCCUAAUCAAUCUCUCUCUCUCUCUCUCUCUCUCUCAUUUAUUGGUCCAAGAUGAAAUCGCUCAUCCCAUGCGCCUCCACUCCCGACAUGACAGGACGUGGGAGAAGAUUAAUCAUGGUGAUCCAGCCAUACGCAAUGGCUAGACCCGAGCUCAUCGUGCACAAGGAACCCCUUCACUUUGGAGAGAGAUACUCUCACACUGCCGCUUGCGAGACCCGAUCUUUGAUCUUGCUCUAAAAUUUACCACGAAAGACACUUUGUGUCCCGUCUUAACCAGGGCUGCCCAUGCGCCCUCUCUCUCA